ACGCUGCUGCUACCAACAGCACUUGCCCUUACAGCCUGCUGGAGGCUACCUGGGGGAGCUUUGUCUCUGUGUGGGCGUUGCUUCCCAUGGUCCACAUGUCUCGUGACCCCCCCCCGCCGCCAAGGCGAUUUAAUUCGCUGCAGCUUAACGGGUAACAUUAAGACAAAAAAUGUAAUUUUUGUUUUAAACACUGAAGGGUUUUUAUUUAUUCUUUUUAAAAACGCCGCAUAAUUAAUGUGCGAAUUAUAUUAUUUAUCUAAUUGUGUUUUUUUUUACGAACCAAUAAUUUUUUCUCGAGUCAAAUCUGCUCCCCGCUUAACUUAAUCCGCUAAUGAUUUAAAAAGCGUUCACCCUUUAAACAAAACUAAAUAAACUAUGGGGGGUGGGGGGGACUUUUUUGCGUGUGUGCGCGUGUGUUUUUCCAUUCCCUUAUUUACGUACAAUUAUAUUUAUUUUUAAAUACAGAGUUUGAAGUUUAUCCCGAUUGGUGAAUAGUGAGCGCUGAGGCCUGUUGCCUCACCUAGGCCGCAGGCUUCACGAUGGCUUCACUCGUCAAGUCUCCUCCACCCCCUCCUCCUCCUCCGCUCAUCAAACAAGAGGCUGCUGAUGAUGAUGAGGAGGAGGAGAGCCCGGAGCCUGGGAUGAGUCCUGACCUGGCGGUGAAGCGUGAAGACGCCGCCGCUGACGGUGACGAUGACACGGCCGCAGGAGCGGUUGUGAAGCAAGAGGAGGGUGAGGGCCGUCUGGGCCGCGAGAUCGUGAGGACGCUGGUGAAGAGCGAAGUGGUGGAGGAGGAGGAUGUUCCAGAUCUGAAGAUCGUUAAAGUGGAAGGAGCCUGUGAGAGGCCGGAGGAGAUGGAGGAUUCCCAUGGGUGUCUGGGCACUCAGGACCAGAACUUCAUCGAGGUGGAGUUGUCGGGGGAUGACGUUGGUGAAGACGAGGGUAGGGAGAUGGAGCCGUUGUGCGAGGCGUGCCGGAGGGACCUUGGCAGGUGGUUCGUGUCGGGUCAAGCAAAACCCACGGGACGGUCCCCACGAUGCUGCCUGCGGUGCGGGAAGACGCUUACAGGCGUAACGUCACGCAACAACAACAACGACGUUCCGCGGAUGAGGACAUUGGCACCGAAGGAGCCGUGCGUCGUUCGAUCGGAAACGGCGAAGGCUUCCAGGCCCGCGCGCAGGCCGGUGGUGCGCGGCGAACGGCAGAGGCGGCACGUGUGCGGCGAGUGCGGCAAGGGCUUCCCGUACCGCUGCCUGCUGAGGACGCACUCGGGGAUCCACACGGGCGAGUGGCCGUACGCGUGCGGCGAGUGCGGCAAGGGCUUCCCGCAGCGCUCCCACCUGGAGACGCACGCGCGCAUCCACACCGGCGAAAGGCCGCACGCCUGCGCCGAAUGCGGCAAGGGCUUCAGGCAGCGCUCGGACCUGAAUAUUCACCUGGUGACGCACACGGGCGAGCGGCCGCACGCCUGCGGCGUCUGCGGCAAGGCCUUCUCGCUUCGCUACAACCUGGAGAGGCACGCGCGGAUCCACACGGGCGAGAGGCCGCACGUCUGCACGCAGUGCGGCAAGGGGUUCUCUCAGAGCGACACCCUCAAGAGGCACGCGAGGAUCCACACGGGCGAGAAGCCGCACGUCUGCACGCGGUGCGGCAAGGGGUUCUCUCAGAGCGACACCCUCAAGAGGCACGCGAGGACGCACGCCGGCGAGCAGAAGCCUAAUGUAAACACGCGAGAGGUGGGCCACGAGAAGGCAACCAUCUGCCACCCUAUGCACUCACAUUCACGGAAAGACACCUGCAGGACGCAGUGCGGGCGGACGCUGCAGCACAGUUAUGCAUUCCAUCUUGAAUACACAUACGCGUGUGUGUGCGUGCGUGCGGCAGACGAGGGUAGGGAGAUGGAGCCGUUGUGCGAGGCGUGCCGGAGGGACCUUGGCAGGUGGUCCGUGUCGGGUCAAGCAAAACCCACGGGACGGUCCCCACGAUGCUGCCUGCGGUGCGGGAAGACGCUUACAGGCGUAACGUCACGCAACAACAACGACAACGACGUUCCACGGAUGAGGACAUUGGCACCGAAGGAGCCGUGCGUCGUUCGAUCGGAAACGGCGAAGGCUUCCAGGCCCGCGCGCAGGCCGGUGGUGCGCGGCGAACGGCAGAGGCGGCACGUGUGCGGCGAGUGCGGCAAGGGCUUCCCGUACCGCUGCCUGCUGAGGACGCACUCGGGGAUCCACACGGGCGAGUGGCCGUACGCGUGCGGCGAGUGCGGCAAGGGCUUCCCGCAGCGCUCCCACCUGGAGACGCACGCGCGCAUCCACACGGGCGAAAGGCCGCACGCCUGCGCCGAGUGUGGCAAGGGCUUCAGGCAGCGCUCGGACCUAAAGAUCCACCUGGUGACGCACACGGGCGAGCGGCCGCACGCCUGCGGCGUCUGCGGCAAGGCCUUCUCUCAGCGCUCAAACCUCAGGAUCCACGCGGCUACGCACACGGGUGAGAGGCCGCACGUCUGCGCCGAGUGCGGCAAGGCCUUCUCGCAGCGCUACAACCUGGAGAGGCACGCGCGGAUCCACACGGGGGAGAGGCCGCACGUCUGCACGCGGUGCGGCAAGGGGUUCUCGCAGAUCGACACCCUCAAGAGGCACGCGAGGACGCACGCCGGCGAGCAGAAGCCUUGAGGUCGAAGGAAUUUGCGCUUGGUCAGAAAGUGGGGAGGGAUUUGCCGAUCGGAUGAGCACUGAUACGGCGGGGAGGCAUCGUGAGUCGGAGGCCAGACGGCCCGGAUCCUGGGUCCGAAUCCAGGUCUCAGUUGCUUGUUGAGUAAACCGAGUUCUCGAGUGUGGUGAGCUAAUGGUCUCAUCUCGGUCACCAGUGACUUGCACAGACAAAUAGACUCCCCCACAGGUCCAUAAACCUCACACAGAGACGCACCAGAGACCUAUUGGCCGAAACAGACUGAGCUGUGGUUAAACCGAGUGUCAAACGUGCAGCGAGUCGAUCAUCUGAGCCCGGUCACCGAUGACUCCAGAAAAAACAAAUCCCUGAGCGGAUUCAAUUUCGUUCUGCGCUGACUUUGGCCGAAUCGCAGCUCCGGGAAUUAAAAAAAAAUCGAAUCUUUGCACUUACACAACAUGGCUUAAUAUUCAAAGCACCUCGCAUCGCACCUCAGACUCAAACAUUCCCAGUGCACCCCCAGUGGCAGCACACACGGUGUACAACACAGCAACGGUCUGCAAGUGUGGAAACUCGCUUUUGAAUGACACCCAGCGGAAUGCAUUUAUGAUUUUCAGACUAAUGAGAAAAAAAUCUGAAAACAUCGUAGCCGCCCUGGGUUUUUUGGCACGAUCCACUUUGGGGGUAUAACAAAAACGCUGGUCACCCCACCCUUGACGGAGGGGGCUCAUGCCCAAGAACAAUCUGUUAUGGAUGCUUCGGAUGCUUUGGGAUCAUGUAGUGUAUAGAGUUUACCUUCACCACACUGCUCAAGUGUGCCUGGGGUCAAGGGCCAGCAACCCUUGAACCUGACUGUCAAUUACUACAAGAAACAAAGCCAAGCCUCAAAGGAUGGACCAAAACGGAAACGACAUGCGCCUGCCCACCAACCACGGGACAAGGAACUGCGAAUCAUUGAGAUCAACAUCCGUGGCCUGAGAUCCAAUAUCGGAGAACUCGCCAACUUGUGCAAUGAAAAUGAGAACCUAUAAUUGUCAUCGUGGUGGAAACGUUCCUGGAUCCAACUGUUCAAGACGGAGGGGACUGCAUUGUGAUACCCGGUUACACCACGUGCAGCCGAAGAGAUAGACCUGCCUCAUCUGGAGGGGGCAUUGCAGUGUACUGCCUAAAGGGAAUUGCCAUCCGUCAUGACUCCCAAAGAGAUCCACCAGACAUAGAACUUAAGUGGCUCACAGUCACCUUACGUUCCCGGAAGCUACUCAUGCGAGCUGUGUACAGACCACCAAAUGCUUAACAAUCACAUUUUUGACCACUUGGACACUGAAACGCUGUCAAAAUGACAGUUCGAUGGACGUUCCAUCAUCCUGGUGGGAGACUUCAAUGUCCAUCAUGAAGACUGGAAAGGUAGCAGAAUAGCUUGCAAGUUCCUUUGGCCUCCAGCAGAUUGUUGAAUUUCCAACAAGAGGUGAGUAAAUCCUGGACCAUGCCAUAUGACUGACCUUCCUGCCAUAUCGACAACGCUUGCCAACCUUGGUACCUCAGACCAUAACACGGUCCUUGUAAAGCUUUAUGCCCCUGCGUACACAGACAAGCCCUACAAUAGGAGAGUGUGGCAAUACAACAAAGCCAAUUACUGGGGAACGAGAGGCUUCAGCGCAUCUACAGACUGGUCAAGAGUCUUCUCGGAGAGUGACUCUAAGAAGACGUGUGGCCAGGUCACUAUACAUCAUCAGCGAUGCUAUGGAGCUGCUAUACAUCCCCGGCAAAAAUGUCACCAAAAAGCCUGGAGAUGAGGCAUGGUGUGACGAGAAGUGUGGGAGAGCCACGAGGAAGAAGAGACGCCUCUUCCACCAGCUCAAGAAAAACGUUGCCGUCAACAAGCUGAAAUGUUCCCAUGCAAGACACUCCUACAGCCAGGCUGAGAAGAAGGCCAGAUGGAACUACAACAUCAAACUCAAGAAGGAUCUUAUUGCUGAAACCUUGACCAGUGAGAAAUGCUGGAGACUCGUCAACUCCCUCUCUGGAAGAGCUGCAACCUCUGACAUCCAUAUCAUUGUGCACAAUGAUGUUGCCCAUAUCACGGCACGGGAUAAAGCGGAAAUGUUCUGUGAGACUUUUGCAAAGGUGCAAAAGAACCGGCCCCAUACAUUGAACCAAGCACCACCUGCUCAAAUGAGAAGAUCACCUUCAAGCCCAAAGACAUCAACAGGCUCCUAAAGCAACUCAAGCCCGACAAAGCCACCGGCCCAGAUCUAAUCCCCACCAGAGUUUUCAAGCAAUGCAGUGCUGAACUUCCAAGCCCUCUGUGUCACCUCUUCCACUGCUGCUUCUCGAGUGGAGUAUUCCCAAACCAAUGGAAGCUGGCCUCAGUAACCCCAAAUGCAAAAGGACUCCAAAGCCGACCCAUCAAAGUAUCAUCCCCCAUAUCCCUGCUCGGUAUCAUUAGCAAGAUUAUGGAGACAGCCAUGAACAAACAAUUUAAAAGGUACAUGCUCAAUGACAACCUGAUCUCCUGCAGGAAGUUUGGAUUCAGACCAGGUCACAUCACAGCGGAUCUUCUGAACAAUCCUCUCUCGGAGGUGGAACACCUCGCUGGACAAGGGGGAAGAAGGCUGUGUCAUAGCUCUGGACACCAAAGGAGCCUUUGACAAAGUGUGGCACAACGGCCUAUCUGCCAAACUCUGCUCCGAGGAGGUAUCUGGACAGCUUCUGACAUGGCUGCAGAGCCACCUCUCCAACAGAUCCAUCAGAGUUGUAGUGUCUGGCCAGGCCUCAGAACUUUCUCCCAUCCAUGCCUCUUUACCACAAGGAUCAAUUUUCGGUCCACUCCACUUCCCCACCUUCGUUGACGACCUGGUCGAUGUCUGCGAGAACCAGCUGUACCUCUUCGCUGACGACUCAACCCUCCGCGCUCGAAUAAGAUCACCUGCUGAAAGCAAUGCAUUGGCAGCUAGCCUGAACGGAGAUCUUCGUCAAAUGAACACCUGGGCAAAAAAAUGGAAGAUCACCUUUGAGCCAUCAAAGUGCCAGACCAUGGCACUGUCUUGGAAAAUAAUUCCAUCCAAUCUGGAUCUGCAUUUUGAUGACUGACAGGUAGCAUCAACCGACCGAGCUCGGAGAUCCAUCCUCGGUGUUACCGUUGACAGCAAGCCGACAUGGGUCAAAAAACACGUCACCAACAUCUCCAUCAGAGCAGGACAGAAACUGCGUGCACUGAGAAAGGUGGCCAACAGACUUGACACAGAGGGCCGAGCCACAGACUACAAAGCUCCAGUCCGCAGUGUCAUGGAGUGUGCCUCUUUGUGCUGCGUGGACGCUCCGCCGACUCAACUCGAAGCGUCUAGACAGCAUCCAGGAGCAGGUGGUGAACUUAAUUGGCGUCGAUGAAGCCACCGCCAGCGCGCGACUCGCCACCCGCAGCCUGCAUCACCGUCGACGAGUUGCCGCCGUCACAGCCCGCUGUACACAACGCGCUCCAACCACUGCUAUGAAGACCUGCAGGCCAAGCAGACACAACCCUGCCAAGCCACGCCCUUGCCCCUCCCUUGCCCCUCCCCUCCACCAGUUGCCAGAACGUGCUCCCUGGGCAGAAGCGCCCUCUGUUGUCCGGAUAUGGAACUGCCUCCCUGAACAAAUUGUCGCCAAAAUCACCGAUUCUGGUCUUCAGGCCUUCAAAUGCCCGAGUACAUGGACAGCUCAAAGACUAGGCCUCGUGGGACUGAGUCUUUGAGCUGCAGUGAACCGAUUUGUUACGCCGAUUAGAUGUACUAAUGUCUUUGAUAUGGUUAUUGUUCACGAUUGCACCAAAAUAAAGUGUAAUGUAUGCUGAACUUCUUUCGCACCGUACAUCUCCAACCGUGCUCAUCGGAGGUGCGGGGGAAGGACAACAAACUAAACACAAAAAUCAGUUCUAAAGAAAUGAGUUUUUAAUCUGGAUCAUUUA